AUGAGUUCGCGGUAGAAUUUUAGGCCCUCAAAGCCCCAAAGGCGUAACAAGCCUAUAAUGGAAAAGAGACGUCGUGCGCGAAUUAAUAAUUGUUUGAACGAACUGAAGGCUCUUAUACUUGACGCGAUGAAAAAGGAUCCGGCACGCCAUUCAAAAUUGGAAAAAGCAGACAUUUUAGAAAUGACUGUAAAACAUUUAGAGGGUCUUCGUUCUGAAGGAGCUGCUUCGCCGGAUAGAUUUAAAGCAGGCUAUAGACACUGCUUAUCAGAAGUCGCUAAGUUUCCUGGUCUUGAUUCGGGACUUAAGAAACGUCUUGUCCGACAUUUAGAAGGAUGUGUUACAAACCCUGGUAGACCGUUUGCCGCGCCGACGCCUCCAUCGGAUGCUGAGGAAACAGUCGUGUCUUCUCAACAUUCUACUAUUUUUAUUUCUGCUGGUCCUGGUUCAGGAGUUCGUCUUGUCCCGACAAGACUGUCGAACGGGGACAUCGCCCUCGUUUUGCCAGCCGGUGUGAGUGCGAAUACCCUCGGGGCUGUUCCAACUCUCGUACCUCUUUCCCCUCGAGAUGCGUCUUCAUCGUCAUCAGAGCCUCGAUGUUUCUCUCCAGAGAGCUCUGGUUGGGGAAGCCCGCCUCCCCCUUCGGAGGAUCUCGCUCCCCUUGCUUUAGUUACUAGAAGACAACCUCAAGAGGAAAAGCCCUGGCGACCUUGGUGACACUCCAUACUCUUAUUUUAGUUUAUGUAUAAACUGUGAUAUUUGUCUGUAAUUGUAUAAUACGGCUUCCUUUUGGGUACUACAUUAUAAAAAGUUCCUAUAGAAUUGUAGAGUUUAUAGUUAGUUUUAGAUAGUUCGCUUGGUCAGUACUUUUUCUGUGUUAUAAAUACUAGAGUUUUUAAGAGAUAUAAAUUCAAUAAGCCACUAAACAGAUAAAUCUACUCUUAGUCUUCCUUAUAAAUUAAGCUAGAUUUAGUACAAAUGUAAAUUUUCGAAUGACAUCUAAGGCAGUAUUUCAUGAAAGUGACGAUUGUCAUUAUUAUAACCAGAACUUAAUAUAUUUUAUAUUCAUUUUAGCACUUCGUGCCAUUUAAGUAGAUACAUUAUUUAUUUAAUGA